GUGCUAGGCUCACUCACAAGUCACAACUCACGGGUAGUGCCAUAGCACGCUCUCAUUCUCCAAGGACAAGAACAGAAAGAAUGUUGAGCCCUGGCAUUUCGGUCAAGAGGCGCCACGGCGGCGUGGGGUUCGCGCUUGGGUGCGGCUGCAAGGACGCCAAGAGCGUGUCCGUUUCCGCGUCGCCGUCGCCGUCCGGCGCUGGUACGUCGACGACGACCGAAACGCGGCGCGGGGGCGCGAGGUCGACGAACCCGUCGGCGUCGACCACGACGGACACGCUGACCUCCGCUUCGUCGUCGUCCUUCGUCUGGGAGGACGCCGUGGCAGAGUUCGGUUGCAUCGACGACGGCGGCCCCUUCAAGAUGGACAGCUCGGCAGCAGCCACGCAGAGCUUCUCCGGCCUGCUGCGCGAGCUCAGCGAGCUGGAGCAGAGCGUCGCGUCGUGGGGCCGGAAGAGCCACAGCGAGAAGAAGCUCUCGGCGCCGCUGCAGGGCCGCGUCGACAAGAAACUCCCGACGCCACCGCAGGGCCGCGUCGACAAGAAACUCUCGACGCCGCUGCAGGACCGCAUCGACAAGAAACCCUCCACGCCGCCGCGGGAGGCCAGGAAGGUGACCACGAAGAGCGGCGGCGACUCGACGAAGGGCGCUAAAGCCUACCACCGCGCCGGUGGCGUCGUCCAGGUGGCGGGGCUCGACGGCCGCGUGGAGGUGGGGCUGGACGGCAGCGUGGCGGUGGUGAAGCAGUCGGAGGACCCGCUGGGCGAUUUCCGGCAGUCGAUGGUGCAGAUGAUCGUGGAGCACGGGAUGGUGGCCGGCGAGGAGCUGCGCGAGAUGCUCCGGCGCUUCCUCAACCUCAACGCGCCGCACCACCACGACGUCAUCCUCCGCGCGUUCACCGAGAUCUGGGACGCCGUGUUCGCCGCCUCCGUCGACGACCCAGUCGUCCUCUCCACCGCAACCGCCACCGUCCUGACCCGCCGCGAGCCGUCUCCUGCAAGGCCGCCCGUGCCGAGGACCCCUCCGCGCCACCACCACUCGCCAUCGGCAUGGCGCGUGUAAACGUGCCACGUGAAUAUACUGCUACUCUUCGAUCUUAUCAUUUGAUUUGCCAUUCGAGCUAGUUGGCAGGGAAGGUAGCGUUGGAUUGGACUUACCACCAGUUCAUUCUUGUACGUGAGUGAGUUUGUGAUCUGUAUAAUGUGUGUUCUUCCGUA